AUGUCUUCGAGCGAUCUAACCUUUGUUCCUAGGUCUCGUCGUGCUAACGGCACGUCUAACCCCUCCCACCGUCGUCCCUCACUUUCCACUACCCUCACUCAUCCUCCUACCUCACAGCACUCUCAGCCUCCCUUAACUCCAUCCGCUUCGAAUGUCUAUCACCCGCCACAUCAUUUCAAUAGGAGCGGUGCUGGAAAUCCCGCCAGCACUUCUUAUGGUAAGGAGGACUUGCUGAACAUCUUCAGGGCACAGGAGCAGAAUGGCACUUUACGGGAAGUGAAGGAUUUGGUGCUCGGAGAUUUGGGUUCGGCUGGUGGCAGCGGUGGCGGUGGUGGUGGUGGUUGGGGUAGGAGUGGCGAUGAAGCUGGCGGCGCAGAGGUUUGCUGGGAUAAGGAGGGAGGAUUGAAGCCCGUUAGUCUGGAGGAUAUGAGUGAGGAAGAGAGAGAGGUAUAUCAUUGACUAUUUCUACGGUCUCCGCGGGGUUUCAUGCCUUUGAGUAGUUACCUGGUUGUAUUUUUCUAUAUAUAUACUGACGUGGAUGUGACUAGUUGUUUGCCUCCAACGUAAACUCUCCCCAUAAGGCACCCCCGAAUCAAAAUAAUCCGGGAGCAGCCAGCCAUCACAAUACCAAUCAUACGCCCCCGCUGAAUAGGAAUAAGAUUCCCGCCCCUCCCGGCACGAGCACCGCCGGCGCCAAUCGCCCGACAAAUCGACGCCGUGAAACUUCUGAUGCUGCCCUCACCAAUUCUCCUUUUAGCUCCGCUCCCCCUCAACUGCCGAGGCGCAGGACAGAGUUGAGGGAUGAAGACCAAACUCGGGAAGGUGGUGGCCGGGAUAGGACCUUAUUUGGACGCUGGGGCAGCGCUUCUGGCACAACCGGUCAUGCCGGGGAUGACGAUCAUGGCAGGGAGAAAUUAGAAGAUGGUUCCGGAAGGGGUUCCGGGUUGUUUAGGAGAGGCAGCACGGCUUGGGGAUCUGGUGGGAGCAGUGGCGGAGGUGGGUUCGCGAGUAGCGCGUUGAACAGUCCGAUGGGCACGUUCGGAAAUGGCGUAUUUGGUGGCGCGAUGGGCGGGUUUUCCCUGCAGAGCGCUUCUUUGGAGAAGCCGAAAGCAAGUGGUGGUGGUGCUGGUAACACGGUGCAGAAGGGUUCAACGGCGCAGCCUAAAGUUGAGGAAGGGGACGAACGAGCUGAAGACGCCCAGAGACCCCGCUCCCCCGACACAAAUGAGUUGCGUGAGGAGCACGAACGUGAGCGGCCCAUGAGUUCGGACACUGAUCCAUUUGGUCUUGGUGGAGAUAGGGAUGAUGAGCAGCGGCAAGAGCAGCAGCAACCACAACAUUCUCCGCUCCCGACUCCUGGUCUCGAGCAGCGCAUGAAGGAGGAUAAUUCUUUCAACACGACGGGUAAUACUCAAACCCGGCAAGGCAAUUCCAUUUCCACCCCCACCAAGGUCCGUAACGAUCUCGGUUUCUCUGGCAUAGGCACAACGCGCGACGGCAGUAAUGUUGGCGGUUUGCAUCAACAGCUCCAGAAUUUGCAGUUAAAUCAGCAAGGUCACUUUCCGCUACAUGGGAGACCAAGGGAGGGUAGUAUCGGCGGGGUCAUUGGUGGUCUGCAUGAGUACGAGCCGUUAAGUCCGACCGAAACUAACCCUUAUCAGAGCCCUGCCCCUGAAAAGGCGGACGAUGAGGAUAUGCCGGAAAAUGGUGGCAGUGGAGGUAUUAUCGGAGGCUUCAGAAGGGGUGAUGUGGGUGCUCCCGGUAGUGAUAGAAGCGGUCGAAGCUCUACCGCCGGGUUGGCUGGUGGUAUCGGUAGCGGUCUUGCAUCUUUCAGCUCCCUGAGCAGUGGCACUUUGUGGGGAGGGUCUCCCGUGCCUUCUGGGCUUGGAAACAAUACCGCCCCGGGUUCAUUUUUCGGCGGUAGUAUGCUCGGCGAUUUGAACAGUCCGAACGCCAUUGGUAGUGGUGGUGGUGGCGGCGGAAUUGGUGGAAUGGGAGGUAUUGGAGGUGGGGGAUUCGGGUCGGCAAGUCGUGCGAGCCGGCUUGGACAACUGUUCCAACAGGAGCCGCAGGUGGAGGAAGAGCAACAACCGCAGCAACAGCAACAAGGCGGGUUCGAAUCGAAUGACGCUUUCGGCGAUAUGAGGUUCGGCGGUGCGUUCGGCAGCGGCAGAAGUGGGUUUGGUAGUGCCGUGGAUAGCCCUAUGAGAGAGAGGCCGGGUGUCAUGGACAUUUUCAACCUGCAUACCACUAGGAGUGUUGGUAACCUUGGAGCGGCUGCUUCCGGAGAAAAUACCUUGUUCCCUAGGGAGCGCGAUGACCCAUUACCCGGUAUCCAUAGUCUUCACCAGAAUCAGUCAGUUCAACCGGCACCACCGCCGGCUGCUCAACAACCCCCACAAAUUCGCCCCCCCCCUGGGACCGUCGCACCGCAGCAACACGUAAUGGUCAUGCCGGAUAAGAUACAAUGGACCUACCGCGAUCCUAGUGGGACCGUUCAGGGUCCUUUCUCUGGCUUGGAAAUGCAUGAUUGGUACAAGGCCGGGUUCUUCACUCAAGAUCUGGCUGUAAAGAGGGUGGAAGAUCCUGAGUUUGAGCAAUUGGGCAAUCUGGUGCGCAGAAUAGGGAACACGCGUGAGCCCUUCCUGGUCCCACUUCAGGCUCCGGCAAAUUCCGCUCUUGUGCAGCCCGCCACAUCUCAACCUAACACUUGGCCUGGGGUCGCUGUUUCCUCUUCCUGGUUGAGCGAGAAUCAACAGCCGCCUCAGACCGGCGGCACAGUUCAGCCUCCGUUUGCCGGAAGUUUCCCAAGCUUCGGAACGACCCUCACUGCUGACCAACAAAAUGCGCUGGAGAGAAGAAAGCAGGAGGAGCAAUAUCUUUUGGCUAGGCAGCGGGAGUACCUGGUUCAGCAACAGGUCUUUGCAAAAGCCCAGCACGCCCUGCAGCACCAACACUCUCAACAAAGUCUCCACUCUCAACCUAGCUUUGGGAGUUUGCAGGGAAGCCUGCAAAGUCCCGGCGGGUUCGUGACCCCCGCCGCCGCCGCAACUACGGUCGGGAUCGGUGGGCAGAAUUCAUUCGAACCGGGCGUAUUAUUGAGGCAGGCCGGUGCAGCCGCCGGAGGCCCUGAUGCUUUCGGGGCUGGCGGUGGACAUGGCAUGCCCGGUAUGGCCGGACAGCAGCUCCAACAGAACAGCCAACUUGCCCAACAGCAGCAGCAGCAGCAGGUUCAGGCCGAUCGCUUACAGAUGGAACAGCAGCAGAGAAUCCUCGAAAUGCAACGCCAGCAGACCCAGAAAGCAUACCAAACACAGCAUCAGCAUGUUGAGAAACAGCAAGAACUUCAACAGGCUCAACAACAGGCAGUGGCGGCUGUCGCACAGGCUCAGCAGCACGUCCAGUCUUACGAGGCUCACCAUAGCGAAAGGGAAGGCGGGAGAUCCCCGCAGCAGACUCAGGAACGUGGCGGGAUUGCACCUGUUCAGCGCGACGAGGAGCCUUCCCCAAACUUGGAAAGCUCCUCCUGGGGCAUCGCGCCUGAAACCGUCAAGCCACAGGUUCAGCCACAAGCUCCUGAGCAGCCAAAGGUUUCGAUUCCCAAGGCGACGCCUUCAGCAAAGACUUCUCCUCGUCCUGUACAAGCUCAAACUACAUCUGGCAGCGAGUGGCAAGAUUCCCACUCCGCUCCCCUUCAACCUUUCCCUCCCCCGGCUAGUUCCCAAUCUACUAUCGUCAACAUUUGCUCUAGUUCUAUGACUCGUAGCCCUUCGAAUGAAACCCCUCAUAUGAGUGCUUCUGUUGCUCCUUGGGCGAACAAGGAUAAUGAAGUGAGGCAGCCCUCUCUCACCCUCAAGGAGAUACAGGAAAUCGAGGCGGAGCAACAACGCAACAAGGAAGCCUAUGAAGCAGAUCAGAGGCGCCAGCUCAUGGCUCAGCAAGUGGCUAGCCAGCCUCCGCCCCCGGCUCCGGGUCUUCCAUCGACAGCCACUUGGGCAACAUCUCCGUCCGCUACUCCAGCUACCGGGUCUGCAUCUGCGUGGGCCAAGCCAUUGGUCAAGGCAAGCUCCCUUCCAAGUGCGGGAACUAAAAAGACGCUUUCACAAAUUCAAAAGGAAGAGGAAGCCCGCAAAGCAAAAGCCGCAGCUCUCGCGGCGUCUACAGCUCAGGCGGCCACACAAAUUCCUUCGGCUCCUCUAGCCAGCGGAAAGAGGUAUGCUGACCUCGCUAGCAAGACUUCCCAGCCCGUAGUUGGUGGAGCAUGGACCACCGUCGGGCCCGGGGGAAAAUCCAAGUUGGGUGCCGGUGGUCCUGCCGGUCCUCUUCCUUCCACUCCAACCGCGCCAGCGCAGCCGUUGAGAACUGUAUCUAGCACUAUCGGUAUCCAAACCGCUAAAAAGGCUGUACCGGCCGCUGCGCCAGUCAAGCCUGCCGCUACGAGCGCUGAGGGGGAAUUUCACAAGUGGGCGAUGGCAUCUCUUGCCGGAUUGAAGGAGGGUGUCAAAGGUAUUCGGAAAUUCUAAGCUUGUACUUUUGAGUAAGUGUGCUAAUUUUUUAACCUUUUUCAGCCAAUGAACUCCUUGCCGAGAUGCUCAACUUCCCCCUGGACGCCAGUCUCAUCGCCGACACCAUCUAUGACUGCUCCACAACCAUGGACGGCCGUCGUUUCGCUGCAGAAUUCAUCCGUCGUAAGGAGGCAGCCAGAACCGGCGUCGUCAUUGAGGCAGGAUCAUCCAAUGGUGGUGGAACUGGUGGGUGGAACGAGGUUGCGAAGGGAAAGGCCAAUACUCAACAGUCUGCUAGGGCUGCCAGCCCAGAGACUAAUGCCGCUUUCAAGGUAGUUGCAGGGAAAAGGAAGGGGAGGAGAUAAAUGGAUAUGUGUUGAGUUGUAAUUCAAUUAGCGGGGUUUAUUGUCUGUAGCGUGGCUAGUGGGUGUACCGUAGCAUAGUUGGCAUAAUUGGCAUUGUUUGGCAGAUGGGAGGCUCUUGUUUUCAAAAAAAAAGUUUGAGUUCUGGCUUUCGCCUUGUGCACUACGUAGCAAUUGUUGACCAGAUGUGGUGGUGAGGUGGAUGGAACUUGGUUGUAUCUUACAGGUGCGGGCGAGUUGUCUAAAUACAGGAGCAAACACAGUGUGAGAUCACAAUCUCUUGA